GUGUCGUUAUGGUUAACCACAGCCCUUGAUUUUGGUAAAAGCGAGGCGCACGCGUGUGCAAUUAAGUUGAUUCCGAUCUCUUGAAUGUACAUUGAAAGUUUUAUAGUCUUCUAGUCAAAGGCUGAAUAUCCAAGAACAGUAGUAAUUCGAGUCCUGGAGCAAGGUUUCAUAAGUUUGAAAGGGUUGCGAACUACCGAGCACACUAUGUAUUUUGCGUUUGUACCAAUAGCAGCGCGGUGUUCUGUACUUGCAGAAGCAAUAAACAAGACUAUCUGUGAGAAGCCAUAUUUGCAACUUCGUAGUCCAGAACGCGCCCCGUUUCCUUCAUCAACAAUACACUCUUGACAGAUGACUUGGACUUUUUAUCGACUGUCCUGAUAGUUUUCUCCAAAAUUUCAGAGUUUGCACACUGCAUUUCACUUGAUUGUUUCGUCAGUGUGUGCGACCGAAGUGUCUUUUGUUAUUGAGUAACUUGGGAUGGGACAAAGAUAUUCGGUAGUUCUACUUAGUAAUAUUCUAAUUAAAUCUGAAACUGGUACAUAUUUUGCCGAUUCUUGGGGAAGUAUUACAGCGGACAAUAAGAGAGAGAGAUUACGCCGAAGUUGAUAAUCGAUAUCGACUCCAGUAUGUAAUGAAUCAUUAACCUGCAAAACUGUCUACAGCGUUAAAACAACUAGAUGCUACUCCUGCCAUUGCUAAAUGUAAUGCUUUAAGAUGCUCCGCUGUAGUCGCUAUGGGCUGCUGUUAUCGGCUCGACGUCUUCGGAACGAUGCGAAUGUAAUUAGGACUAAUGGCUCACGGAUAAAUGGCCGGUCACACGCGCCCGUGGACGGUCGCUCUUGCACGCGCAAGGCGGCUCGUGCCUCCGUUCGUGCAGUCUGUCGGCGGGCGGCAGCGUGAGCCCCGGAAUCCGACUUCCGUGCCGCCGCCGCAGGUCGUCCGUUGGCCGCCGCAUGGGCUCAUUGUCCGGCGGUGCUUCGUCCUUUGAGGCAAAGCGAAGUCCGGUUAAAGAACUUGUUCUAGACAACUGCCGUUCAAAUGAGGGUAAAAUCGAGGGCCUUACGGAUGAAUUUGAAGAACUGGAAUUCUUAAGUACAAUCAAUGUAGGCCUAACGUCAGUUGCCAAUCUGCCUAGGUUAAACAAGCUUAAGAAGCUUGAACUCAGUGAUAACAGAAUCUCAGGGGGGCUUGAAGUGUUAGCAGAGAAAUGUCCAAAUCUCACACAUCUCAACCUCAGCGGCAACAAAAUCAAAGACCUCAGCACAAUAGAACCUCUGAAAAAGCUGGAAGGUCUAAAAAGUUUAGACUUGUUCAACUGUGAGGUGACAAACCUGAAUGACUACAGAGAAAAUGUGUUCAAGCUUCUCCCUCAGCUGACGUACCUGGACGGUUAUGAUAAAGAAGAUAAAGAGGCGCCAGACUCUGACACAGAGGCGUACGCUGAGGGUCUGGAUGAUGACGAUGAGGAGGAGGAGGAAGAAGAUGAGGUAGAGGAUGAUGAGUAUGACGACGAUGUUGCUCCUGGAGAGGAGGAUGAGGAGGAGUGUGAAGAAGAAGACGAGGAUGAAGAAGUGGAGGAGGAGGAUGACGUUAGCGGAGAAGAGGAAGAGGACUUAAAUGAUGGUGAGGAAGAAGGUGAUUAUGAGGAGGAGAGGGGUCAGAAAAGAAAAAGAGAAGCGGAUGAGGAAGGGGAAGAUGAGGAUUAAUCCUGCCCCGUUUGGCAUAUUCUGAUCUGACUGUUUUAAACCUGUAUUUCCCUCAUGUUUGUCCUGAUGUCACAUUGUAUCGGGAUUAGGUGGUGUUGACUAGGUUUGGUGUGGGAGAGAAUGGACACACUUCCCCCCCCCCCCUUUGCUGUUCAACUUUUUGUUUAAACUGCAGAAAAAAUUUAGUAACUAUCUAAAGAGACAGUAAUGAAAUGAUUGCAAGCUCCCCUUACUGUCUGCCUAGUUGUGUACACAGGUUGCUGAAUUGUUUAAAGAAAUGAAGAUACCAAAAACCUUUUAGAGAGCACGUGUGACUCUGGUUUUUUUUUUUUUUUUUUUUUUUUUUUUUUUUAAAUGUUGACUACUGGUUUUCAAGAAUUGCUUAUACAGACCUACCUUUUGCCCCCUUAUUGUACAAUGUGCUUAUGUGAUCAGUAUGUUUGUGUGUGCGUGUGUGGUGUUAGGGCAUGGAGAAGAAUGCAUCAUUCUGUCAGUUUGAACAUGCACAUAAUGUCUCAAUGUGAUUACUUUCUGUAUGUUCUGUAUCAAAUGUCUGCCAUCAUCAGAAUGCCGAUCAUUUUUUUCCUCCUGCUUGGAUAGUUCGGACAUUACGUGUUCUUUGUAAAUAGUGACCAAAUCUCUUAUACCUUUUUUGAUAAUGGCAGACAUUCUCAUGGUUAGUUUGUUGUACCAAAUUGUAAGGAAAAAUAAAAGUUGAAAAUGCUGGUGUUGCGUAAACUACAGUAUACAAUACAGAAUGACAGAUGCAGAAAAAGCACCGUGUUCUGCUGUAUUAGUUUUCCCGUUACAACUAGGAUUGUUCACGAAUAUUCGACAAAUAUUCCGUUUUCGGGGUUGUAUCGGGACUACGCAUAUUCCUUGAGUAAUUAAUCAACUUUAUGUAAUUUGUACAAAGGCAAAAUUAAAGGUCAACCCCUUAGUUCUGUCAUGUCACCCAGUUUUAAUAAAUAUUUUAAUACGA